UAUUGACUGAUAAAUACAGCACUCAUUGCUCGCUAUACUGUACUCAACUCAUGUUGUGACUGAGGUAUGGGAGGUAUGGGCUGUUAAGGUGUUGUGUCAGCGCUUAUAACAGUUAUCAGUAUUACUGUUAUAUUUGUAUUAAUUAUGAGUGAAAACCAAUUGAGAGUGAGAUAUAUAUCACAAUCAAACACAACCACAACAGACACCACAACACACCACAAGCCUAUGUCCACCACUCCUAUCACAUCCCCCGGUGAUCGUCACACCACUCACUAUCACCCCAUCGAUGACAACCUCCACACCGGAUGUCAUGAUAACGACAACUACGACGACGACGAAGAGGCAGAUGCGAGGGAUGGCUCACAGACGCCACCGGAGACGAAGUUCCCGAAGAAUGACAGACAAGACAUCAUUGAGUUGUUGUACAGCGAAGACGUGAUUAAGUACUCGAAGACACCAGACGUGCGACGAGUCGGUGGUGAUAGUGAUGAUGAGGACGACUCCGACGACAACUAUCCCAACGAUCACCACAUCAUGACAUCCCUUAUCAACGAUAGGAAACCACUGCUCGACGACACGGACUCUCACCGCAAGACUAAGAGGAAACCGACGAGAAAGACAUACAAGACGUCCGACAUAUCGUUCACUUCGUUUGACGACCACAUCGACGGCCAACCCGUUUACGAAGAGUCACUUCUGUCGCUGUAUUUCCAGGUCUUCGUCCCCUUUCUGAUCGCCGGCUUCGGGACUGUGGGCGCGGGACUCGUCUUGGAUUACGUCCAGCAUUGGGAAGUAUUCAGACACGUGUCCGAAGUGUUUAUAUUAGUGCCGGCGCUGUUGGGUCUGAAGGGCAACCUGGAGAUGACUCUGGCCUCCCGGCUCUCAACACAGGCUAAUUUGGGUCGUAUAGACUCGGGUCGGGAGCAGUGGCUCAUCGCUUCCGGCAAUAUAGCGCUUAUUCAAUGUCAGGCGACGAUCGUUGCCUUCUUGGCCGCCAUAUUCGCCAUAACCAUGGAUUGGCUGCCGGAAGGAGAGUUCAACUUCUCUCACGCCAUACUCCUGUGCGCGUCCAGUCUGUUGACGGCCAGUAUCGCCAGUUUCCUUCUCAGUUUACUAAUGAUAGUUGUGGUGAUUGUGUCGCAUAAAUGUCACAUUAAUCCUGACAAUGUGGCCACACCUAUAGCCGCAUCACUCGGCGACCUGACUACAUUAGCCCUAUUCGCACAAUUCAGUGACAUUUUGUAUUAUACUGUCGAUACCAAUCCCUGGUUGUGUUGUCUAGUUUUGGUCAUAUUUCUGAUGCUGACCCCCGUCUGGUGUUUUAUCGCCAAAAAUAACAAAUACACAAAAGAAGUCUUAUAUAAUGGUUGGACACCAGUUAUCAGCGCAAUGGCUAUAUCCAGCAUCGGUGGUUGUAUUCUAGACUUUGCUGUUUCUCGGUUUAAAGGCAUCGCAGUCUUUCAACCCGUCAUUAACGGUGUUGGCGGCAAUCUUGUGGCCGUUCAGGCGAGCAGAAUCUCCACGUAUUUACACAAAACAUCCAAAUUAGGAGUUUUGCCAAAACCUAAUUCAAAAGUUUGCUUCAAUCCUUGCGCCGCAUUUUUCAGCAAAACAAUUCACGCCCGAACUGCACGGGUAUUGCUCUUAAUGGUAAUCCCGGGGCACCUCAUCUUCACAUACGGCAUACGAUUCCUGAAGGCUGGCCACACGUCCGUCACAUUGAACUUCUUAGUGAUCUAUCUGUUGGCGGCUCUGAUUCAAGUGAUUCUUCUCUUAUACUUCGCGCACACAAUGGUCUUAUGGAUGUGGAAGAAGUGUAUUGAUCCGGACAACUCAGCCAUUCCUUACUUGACAGCUUUGGGCGAUUUGUUGGGAACCGCUCUGUUGGCCAUCGCUUUCGUAAUACUCUUUUCCAUCGGAGACAAGGACUCGGAUGUCGGCGAUUGAUGUUUGCAAUAAUGUAUUGACUUUUAAUUGAAAUAAUUUUCUAAUCGAGAAUUACAUUAUCAUCGAAAUCAUCGAAUCUCGAGUUGUUUGUGUUAAACAGAGAUUUGUUUCGUAUGUUUUUAUAACAAGUAUUUAAUUUAUUUCUUAACAUUCAUAUCAUUGUAAUUGAUAUUAAUAAUGCAGUAAAUAGUUUUUGUUAUUUAUAUAAUGUUUAUUGUUGUAAAAGAC